GGACAGUCUGAGAGCAGGAGAGGACUCAGAGAUAGGUUACAGAUGCGCUUUAAAGUCGAUAUUUCAUCUCAGAUCCAAUCCUUGUAUCACAUGUUUUCCCUACACGUUACGUCUUGAUUAGGUUAUUGGCACAUCCCGCAUGCUGGUUGGUUGAGAGACAAUCAUCCCAUCGCGGUGAAACAAACUCGGCUCGCUGUACAACGAGGAGGAGGAAGAAGAGAGGGACGGAGCGCAUCGUGUCUGCACACACCGCUUUCAUUUUUUUUUGUCAAAUAAAGAGGCUUUUUGACAAUAGCCGGCACGGACUGUAAGGGGCUGUGGAGGAGGUGAACAAGUGCGAUGAUGACGGGCAAAUCUGUGAAAGACGUUGACAGAUACCAGACUGUCCUCAACUCUUUAUUAGCGCUGGAGGAGAAUAAAUUCUGCGCUGACUGCGAAUCGAAAGGUCCGAGAUGGGCAUCCUGGAAUUUGGGCAUCUUCAUCUGUAUCCGAUGUGCUGGUAUUCAUCGUAACCUUGGGGUCCACAUCUCCAAGGUCAAGUCUGUCAACCUGGACCAGUGGACACAGGAGCAGGUCCAGUGUGUUCAGGAGAUGGGAAAUGCCAAGGCCAAACGUCUCUAUGAAGCAUUCCUACCUGAGUGCUUCCAACGGCCUGAGACAGACCAGUCAGCAGAGAUCUUCAUCAGGGACAAGUAUGAUAAGAAGAAGUACAUGGAUAAGGUCAUUGACAUCCAGAUGCUGAGGAAAGAAAAGAGCUGUGACAACAUACCCAAGGAACCAGUUGUGUUUGAGAAAAUGAAACUGAAAAAAGACGUCAGCCCGAAGACAGAUUCUCAGUCUGUUACGGACCUGCUUGGAUUAGAUGUCCCUGCUCCAAGUCCUGCAGUGUCUAAUGGUGGAGGAUGUGUUCCAGACAGUAAUAAGAGCCCAGCGGUGUCUAAUCCAGCUCUGGCACACUCUGCCUUGGAUCUCUUCAGCUCUCUGCCAGCCCCCUCUUCUGCUUCCUCCACAAAAACCACACCUGUUUCCAGCUCCUUGCCUCAGAGCAGAGUGACUGCCUCGGUGCCUGAAAACCUCAGUCUGUUCCUGGAUCCGGCGGCCAAAGCAGGGGAAGGCACUGUCAAGAAACUGUCCAAGGACUCUAUUCUCUCCCUGUACGGGUCCACCCCCUCAGUGCACGCCAGCAGUAUGGCCACUCACGGGUUGUACAUGAACCAAAUGGGAUACCCAACACACCCAUACGGUUCAUACCACUCCUUAGCCCAAGCAGGGGGCAUGGGAGGCACCAUGAUGACAUCACAGAUGGCCAUGAUGGGACAGCAACAGAGCGGCAUGAUUGGAGUUCAACAAAACAGCAUGAUGGGACAGCAGAAUGGCUUAAUGGGUGCCCAGGGUGUCAUGGCUCAGCCUAGCGGCGUUGUGGCGCCACCUUACAUGACCCAAGGCAUGAUGGGACAGCAGCAAAGUGGAAUGAUGGUGCCACAACAGAACGGCAUUAUGGGACAGCAGCAGGGUGGGAUGAUGGUGCAGCAGCAGCAGCAGAGCGGGAUGAUGGGACAUCAGCAGGUUGGAGGUUUGGCCUUGUUACCUCAGCAGCCGGUGUAUGGAGUACAUCAAGCCCAGCAGCUACAGUGGAAUAUUACCCAGGUGACUCAGCACAUGGCCGGCAUGAAUCUCUACAACACCAAGGGCAUGAUGGGAUACAGCAGUCAACAGAUGGGAGGGUCAGCAACUCCUGGCUCAGCGCACAUGACAGCACAUGUCUGGAAAUGAUCUAAUCUAACCUGAGAGUGGCGUAAUGCCAGUAACCCACAAAACCGAGGGGGACCAGUUGUAGGGAUCUGUGGACUAGACUCUCCAUAAGACGUUUUCUAAUGCAAGGGAGGAGGAGGAGGAGGAGACAAGAAAAAGGUUUGAGAAACCACUACUACCUCUCUUUCUCUCUCCUCACCCAUGCUUCCUCUUCCUGUCUCAUUCAUGGCCAUAUUUUGCUGAUUUCCAUGCUUGCCUUCAGAACAUUUUCGUAUGACGACGUAGACAACAGGGUUCAGAGGCCACUGGUUAGGACUACACAUUUUUCUUUGUACCUAGCCUUUAUGUGAGUGUGUGUGCACGCGCACAUCUGCUGUAUGUGGGUGUUCACUAACUGUUUCAAAAAAUAGUUUCGUUUUUUGAGAGUUUUACUGUUUUUUCUUACUUACUAAUCAAAGUCAGAAAACACAUGGAUGCAUUUUCUGUCUUUUGGUGUCUUUUGAAGGCAGUUUGAAGGUAUUGAAGUUAGCCUAGCUCAGCUCAAUUGGUCGAUCUGCUUGAGUGCUGAUGUUAAUUGGAACAAGACGAAUUUCCCCUAAAAGAAGUAACCUUGUUGUAAAGCUAAAGAAUUCGAAAUUACCAUCCCAAUUAGCUGGAACCAAGCCCCAUUUGUAACCUCAGCACUUUGAAUGUAUUGAAUGUUAUUAUUAAAAUGUUAAAAUGCUGCUGGUUAACAGUUUAAAAUAGCAUUUUUAAUUUCGCCCCAAAUGUUUGCGUAGGGAAAGCUAUAUGACCGAAUCACAGAGUAAUGUACAGAGUUCUGAGUCACAAAUGGGGCUAGCUGCAACUAUAUUUGUAAAAGAGCAACUAUAUUUUUUCACGUAUCAUUUUAAAAAUAUGUUUCUCAACUUAUAGGAGCUGCUGCUAAUUAGUCUGACAGAAACAUUCAGGAAUCAAGCUAAAAUAGGCUAGGCUAAUCUCGCUAAUCAUCUCACCUUCAAGCUAUAUGUAGGAGUUAAAGGCAUUAAUGAAUCUGUCUGCAUCUCUGUAUGUAGGAAAAAUUAGUAAAAUCCAAUAAAACUGAGAUAUCCCUUUCUAAAUGCUUACUUAAAUUUUUAAAAAUCCCUUUAUGUGUUGAUAAGUUCCUAGAUUCACACUGUUAGAGGCAAGUUAGAGCAGCUACAGUACAGAAACCUACCUAAACUGCCCUUAAUUAUGAUGUCUUCUGCUCGAUUUACCGAGGGCUUCUUUUAGAAUCAAUAUCUAAUCUAGAUGUUAAGUGUCAAAAGUCCUAAAUUGGAUUUUUGGAGACCAAAGAUCAACACUAGCUUUAUUAUGGUUGUACAAUAUUCCAAUAUGCUUUUUACUUCUGUAUAGCCACUUAACUAGUGAUUAGUAAAAAAUUCAAACCUUUACCAGUAUGUUUGGUCAUACCUGCUCUCACAGGAUGAAUGUUUGAGCGAAUCAAUUCACUGUGCUAUUACUUCAGCAAUGGUGGGACACUUAAAAAGAAAUCACUUGCAUGCAACGUCAUCACGUAAAUGUUGAGUUGACGCUCACACACCUCAAGCUAAGAAUCUACCUUGUACAAUAGAGGCCUCAAAUAAAGUUGAAUGUCUGUAAAUAAGAGAGAAAUAUAUAGAGAGAGGUGGUGACAGAGACAAAAACAAAACAAAACAAAACCUUAAAGGUACUGAUCAGUCAUGUUUCAGAUGCUUUCACUGAAUUGCAUGAAGAGAAUGUUUAUCUAGCUCUGAUUGUAUGUGCUGUAUGUUUAUUAAGAUAUCCGAAUGUGUCUCUGGAAUGUGUAUCUCUGAAUGUUUCUCUCUACAUGUCGAUCCGUCUCUGACCAAGACCGACAUGUAACAACAAAAAAUCUUGAUGAAUGUGUGUCCUGAAUGUGCUCACGAUUGUACUACACUCGCUUUGAGUAUACGCACCUGAGGUCUGUUUGUUUUUUGAUAUCUUUUCACCCUUGUCAAGCAAUGUACACGUGUGUCUUUUGAAUGUUCUGUGGUCGACAAGUUUGUGGCGAGUUGUUAAAUACAUCUACGUUUUACAGUAACUGUCUUACUGUUGAGUUAGGAGCAAACUGUGAUGCAUUUACAGGUCAUUCCGGGGCGUUUACAAUUCGGCCAAACCACGUUGUGAAGCAAAAAGUGAUUGCAUGUCCACAAUCUGUCACCUCUGAAUAUUUAGUUAACCCUUCUACACGUCUCCCACACAAGCCCACACAAGCCAUCUCUCUGUCCUGAUUUAUCUAGAAGUGUUUCUAAAUAUGUUCAUUCUUAUAAAUGCAUGAACCCAUUAGUGUAAAUAAUCACAGUCUUUCCUUCUUUUUUUUUUUCAAAGAAGCACUUUGGUGUUAAGUUGCCACUUUGAAUAUGGGUAGGUAAAAAUGUAAGUGGUGCAGCUAAGAAAGAAAUAAGUGAACACACACUGGCAUAAUGAGAGAAGGUUUCUGGUAAUUGCUGCCAAUAAACAAGCAGCACAGCCUUCUCAAUUCAGAAACUCAUUGUCUAUUCCUGCCUGAUGUUCCUUUUCAAAUUUAGCUCAUGCGAUGGCAGUUCAGGUAAGAGCUGGACAGAAGCAAGUCACCUUCCCUGCCAAGAGCAAUAUUACCAUAAGAGAAUGUGUCGUCCCUACAUUAUAACAGCAGAUCUGUCAUUUAGCAAUGAGAAGUUUCUGGAAAAGCUGUGGAGAUCCAUCUCCGUGUGGGCGACGAAGGCUUCACUUUAGCUUUUUCAUUUGCAGUUAUCUUUAACUUUAGGUUGCUUGUAAUUGGUUCCUUUUUUUGUUUGGUAUAUUUUCUGUGAAAUAAAAGCAAAUAAAGGAAUGUAUCUUUUUAUGUACUUGUCAAUCAAGAUAUUGUGUACUUUAUUCUUUAUCAGAAUAUCACUGUAUAAUAUGUUUCUUAAACAAAGGUUGUUGAACACGUACUUUACAUUAGUUCUGCAUUUUUCAUAUGCUUUGCUCCUUUGAUUUCAUGUGUACACGUUAGUCAAUUCAAUUGAGAAUAUGGAUGUAACAUACGAUAUUUGUCUCUGUGAAAAUAUAUAAAAUAAAUAUGGUUUUGAUUAAAUUCUA